AUUUUGGUUGCUAUUGCAGGCUGUACUUAAUUAUAAGGAGCUGCUGUGGUGCUGUGGGCCUACAUUAUGAUUCCUACUGUGAUAAAGGUUUAUUUAAGUGACGACCCAUCCUCAGUUGUUGAGGUCCCCAUCACACCCAACACAACAGCAUUGGAUGUUAUUGAUUGCUGUAAAGAACCUGGGGAGACCAACUGUCACCUUGCAGAGUUAUGGAGAGGCAAGGAAAGGUUUGUAAGCUUGAGUGAAAAACCAUACACCAUCUUACAACAGUGGGGUUCGCAUGCCCAAGAGGUUCGGUUUUGUCUUCGUCAUUUUGUAAGCAACGAUUCCAACCCAGGUGAAGGGAGUUGGGAAGCAGGAGAUGCAUUUAAUAAAUUAGAUGGCGCAAUGUUGGGGGUUAAUAACUUCGAUAUGACGCUUUCAGAGCUAAAGGAUAUAGCUCAACGACAACAGCAGCAAAUUGAACAGCAACAACAGACGUUGGUUGGAAAAGAACAAAGAUUGAGGUUUUUAAAACAGCAGAUGCAGCAGCACCAGGCUGCUAUCGGGGAAAAUGAAAAGCUUCGACGAUUGAGAGAAAAAGCAGAAGCACAAGAAGCAAAACUGAAAAAGAUUCGAGCUCUAAGAGGAAAGGUGGAACAACAGAGGUACCAGAACUCUAAUAUUUCAUCUGAACUGGAAGCUGUGAGAAGUUUGUUUGAGGAGAAGCAGAAAGAGUUGAAUGGAGCUAUUAAUAAAGUCCAUGAUUUGACGCUUCAACUAGAUGAGUUAAGAAAAGGAUUUCAGUCUGGGAAUCAAACUUACAAUGGUACUGAGAAUGUCACUGCUACGGUUGCUGGUGGAAAUGCUAAUAAUGAUGAAAUGGAUAAACUUAAAAAAGAAAUGACGAUCCUUUACCGAAUGAAUGAGGAGCAGCAUAAGAGGUUGGAAGAUCAGAGAGUGUUGUUAAAGAAGAGAAAUGAUGAUGCAGGAGACUUGGAUCGGAGAAUUGAGGAGCUGACUAAUCGUUUGAAGCAAAAACGAAUGAUGGCAAACGGAUUUUCUGGUGACUUUUACAACAGAGAUGGUUUCAACUCACAAUCUGGUGUCCCAAACAUGAAAAUGCACACAAUAGUUGCAGCGGUAGAGCCUUUGGUUCAACAAUCUGACCCUAAAGUAUCCGAAGCACCGAGGAUAAAUGAUAAGUUUAACUCAAACAUGCAGCCAGGAAAAGGGGGGAUGAAUAGAUUGGACAGAUCGCCAAAUAAACCAAUAAUCAGACGACAACCAGAAGGUCAUUACGAUCCAGGAACCAACAAAAGUUACACUGAGGAUGAUGCAAAUAAUCAACAAACAAAGCAAAACCGAUUCAUACGACCACAAUCAGCUAUGGCUCAACUUUUCCCUGAGGUUUCACAACCAAGCACCUCGGAGUCAUUGACAGCUAAAGUCCGACCUAUGUUUUCGAAAAGCCAAGCACCUGAACCAUCUCCUAAUGCUUCCAGUGGGUACUAUGUGCUUAAUACAUCAGAUAACCAGUCUCCAAAGCCAACUACUUCUGCCGGUAUUAAUCUGUUUGCUUAUAAACAGCCACCCAACACUGCUGUUGAUGGACCAAAUUAUCCCCAGCCUAAUAUAACAGUUUUACCAAGUGGUAACAUUAAGUACAUGCAUACCCCUGUUGGACAUCCACCACCCCCGUACCCUAAAGCCAUAAAUGAAAACCAAACCCAACCCAAUGGUAGUAUUGUUAUUCAAAACAAUCCGGUUGCAGAAAAGCCAAUACGGGUUGAUAUUGAAGCUCUGAGAAGGAAAUUUGCUCACGCUCCAAGACCGCUUAAGAAACGUAGCUCUAUUACGGAACCUGAGCGCCCACAAGGUCCUAAUCUAUCCUUCUUAUAUGAUCAGAUCUAUAAGAAGGCGGAUACUUUGUUUUAUCGGCCAAACUUGGAGAAUAGUCAAAGAAGUACGCCCCCACCUGCCUAUGUGGAUCCUGGUGCAAAAAAAGGGAACGACAAGUCAGAUGAAGGAAUGGAAGAUCUACAAGCUGAUGUACAAUCUCCUACAGCUGAAAUUUCCAAGCAAAAUGGAAAUGAACAGAGGUCAACUCAUCUGGAAACUUUGCAGGAGAAAGACAGCAAUGAUGAUGAAAGAGAUAUGGAUUCUGAACCGAGAUUUAAACCUUCUACAGCGCUUGCUACAAAAGGAAUACUCAAACCCAAAAAUGCUCCUUCUAAAGGACCAAAUCGUCGGAUCAGAUUUGAUCCUCUAGCUUUGCUCCUCGAUGCUUCUUUGGAGGGUGAGUUUGAUCUUGUGAAGCAGAAUAUUGACCAAGUUGAUGACCCAAGUGGAGCAAAUGAUGAAGGAAUCACUGCCUUACAUAAUGCAGUCUGUGCUGGGCAUUUCGAGCUUGUGAGGUUCCUUGUUCAUUAUGGUUGUGAUAUCAAUGCAUCGGAUACAGAUGGUUGGACACCUCUCCAUUGUGCAGCGUCUUGCAAUAACCUUGUAAUGGCGAGAUUCCUGGUCGAAAACGGAGCUUGUAUAUUUGCAGCUACGUUGAGUGACGGGGAAACUGCAGCUGAUAAAUGUGAAGAGUUAGAUGAGGGUUAUACAGCAUGCUCUGAGUAUCUCUACGGGACACAGGACAAACUUGGUGUAGUGCGGCAAGGGCAGGUGUAUGCCCUGUACACUUACAAGCCAACCAGUGAUGAUGAAUUGGAAAUCACUGAUGGGGAUUUGAUCGCAAUUAUUCGGAAGGAAGACGAAUUUGAGAAGGAAUGGUGGUGGGGUAGACUUGGUGAGAAGGAGGGUUAUGUGCCACGUAACCUUCUUGGUAUGUGGCCCAGGAUUAAGAAUAAAGACCAUGAAGUAAAGUAAGCUGUAUGUGUGGACAGAAUUCCUUUAAAGUGUUGAUUGACCAAAGUUUUAAAACUUUUUCUUUAUUUGUAAAUUUCACCAACUGCCUAAAACACUCUGUGGUCAUUACACAAUGUAUUUAAACAGGAUAAUGUUCAAUUUUUAACAAACCGUAUUAUGGUAUUGCAUAAUGCUCAAAUUAAGUAAAUUGCAUUUUGAUUAAAGCUAAUAACUGUAAAAUUAUUGAGAUUGAUAUAACAACUGCAAUUUAACUAAGUAUGGUUGCCAAAUUAUAAAGUUGCUUAAAUGUUCGUAAGUAUUUGUGUUUAACUGUUAACAACAAAGACACUGGUACUGGUAUGUAGGUACUGUUCGCUUGUAUUCAAUUUAAAUACCAAAUUUUGAUGACAUAUUGUUGUAUUUUUGUAUGUUGGUAAUGUUGCAUUGUUUUUUAAUGGUACAGAUUGCAUAUGGUGCUCACAUUCAUAGGCGGUAAACUUUUAAAAACACAGGGGAGGCAGGGAUAAUUAAAUACACAUUCAUAUGAAACAAAUGUUAUUGGUUGUGAUGUUUACUGAUUAAUGCAGUGCAGAAAAUUCCAGGGUUAGUUUGCCCACCCUGCCACUCCAGGUUUAACGCCUAUGCUAAAAUUAACAAUUCGGUGCUUAUUUUAAUUUUGUGGUACUUUGUUUAAAGCUAGUACUGUGAAGUUACAGAUAAAUCUAUAUAAGGUACUGUUUCAUAUAAAUUACUUGUCUGAAAAUUGUACAAAACACUUCAUGCUUCAUACAUUACUCUAUUUUCAAUAAGUUUAAAAAAUGUAGUGUUGUUUUCUUUGGUUGAUAUAAAAUAAUUCAAGUUUUUGUUAUAUGUUAAUUCAUUUUUAUAUUUACAAAUUUUUCAUAUAGUAUAACUUGUAGCAAACCCAGAACAAAUUUCUCUUUGUAUUCAUUUUUUUGUUAAAUUUUGUGGCAAGUUAAUUCAAUGUUUCAUAUUUUGUUGUUUCGUUGAAGGUGAAUGAUUUUUCAUCCAGUACUGAACGUAGAUAGUUAUUAUUACGUUUCAAUCAUGCUCACAUUACUAACUUGUUCAUAUCGCUUGUGUCAUCAGUAUUUUUGCUUUGCAG